AAUCUCAUCCCCACAUCAAUUAGAUUUCCGAGGGGAGAGAAGAAAGAAGGAUCCAUCAUGAGUGCUCCAGUUACAUUCACCGAAGAAUUCAGCAGCUCCGUCCCAGCGCCAAGGUUGUUCAAGGCGUUGAUAAUCGACGGCGAUAAUCUCAUGCCCAAGAUCAUGCCUCAGGCCAUCAAGAGUGUGGAGCUCAUCCAUGGCGACGGAGGCCCCGGGAGCAUCAAGCAGAUGAACUUCGCUGACGGCAGUCCUCUGAAGUUCGUGAAGCAUAGAAUCGAUGCACUGGACAAGGAGAAGAUGACGUACAGCUACUCAAUGGUGGAGGGAGGCGAAUUGGGCAACAAGAUCGAGUCGAUCUCUUAUGAAAUCAAGAUGGAGGCAUCUCCCGAUGGGGGCUGUAAGGGCUCCAACGUGAGCAAGUACCUCCCAAAACCAGGGAUUGUGAUCAAUGAGGAGGAGAUCAAAGCCGGGAAAGAGAAGGCCACGGCCGUCUUCAAGGCCGUGGAGGCUUAUCUCUUGGCCAACCCCGAGACCUAUGCCUAAGAACUUUUUAUUUAUAUUAUCGUCUCUGUUUGAAGCAACUUUUGCAUCUCUCUUUUCGCGGACGAUUCUAAUUAUAAUGUGGUCCUCUAUGUGGGAAGCCCUUGAUCGAGAGUGCUAAUCGGUUUGCUACUAUAAUAAAGUUCCUCUUUCAUGUACUAUGAAUUAUAUUA